AUGGCGUAUCCGUCAGACAAAAACACCACGUGUGUGGUCGAUGUAGAGGCGAGAGUCACAGUAAACGAUCACGGUGACAAAGAAGUUGAGCGCGUCCCGUUUACGACGGAGAAAACAACUAUUUACAUCGGAAUUGUGCACGAUAUUCGCGUUCGAAGUGGAAGCUGGUUCAGUUCCGUUAACGAUAUCGUCGGUGAUAAUGGAUUCCCUCCAGAUGAAAUGAUUUCUUUCGCUUCUACUUCUUCUUCUUCCAAAUACGAUGUGCAUUGA